AAAUUUUGUAUUAGUUUCUUACCCUGAUCACGUGAUUGCCCCAAUGGAAGCCGGUGACAGUUACGGCGGAAGAGGAACUCAGCAACCGACAGAGGAAGUAAGUCUUCAACCAGAAUGGAGACGCCGAACUGCCUCAUCCGGAAGAGAACAGAACCUUACUCUCCAACCAGAAUGGAGGCGAGGGAAACCAAUCGCUUCUCCUUCUCCUUCCGGUGCUGGCGACGAAGCUCAAAAGAAGGAAAAUGAACAAGAAAACGAAGUUCUCCUUCAACCAGAAUGGAGAAGCUCAAAACCUAAUGCAAGUAGUGUUUGGGAACCAGAAUGGAGACGAUCAAGGUCCACUGCUACUACUAGUACUACUUCUGCAUUUCCAUGGAAUCAAAAUUAUUCCGUAAGAAAACCUGUUGGAUCGAGUUCUGGUAGUGUUCAAAGAGAUAGUAGAAACUUUGAUCAAUCUUGGCGAAAUGCUCCACCAAAAGCAGGUUAUGCAGUUCCCAAAUUGGAAAGACUGCAAAUAUCGGACGAUUUAGCUGCGUCAUCUUCUGCACUUGAAAAAAAGGAUAAAACUUCGCCUAUUCUGAGACCUGACAAUGGUGGCACAUUAGCGGUUCUUACAAGCACACUCUGUGUCAAUCAUUUUCCUGUUAAGUUCAAUCCAGAGAGUAUAAUAUUUCAUUAUAAUGCUUCUGUCAAACCCAAGUUUUCCUCAAAAGUUGGCCAGCCUCGAAAGUUAACUAAUAAUGAUUUGUCCAUGAUUAGAGAAAAAUUGUUUUCGGAUGAUCCUGAGAGGUUUCCCUUAGACAUGACUGCACAUGACGGUGCAAAAAAUAUCUUUAGUGCGGUGCAGUUACCAGAAGAGACGGUUACUGUGGAGAUCUUUGAAGGAGAGGAUGAAAAGAUCACUUCAUAUAGUGUUACCAUAACACUUCUUAAUAAACUUAGACUUCGCAAGUUAAUGGACUAUCUUUGUGGACAUUCACUCUCUCUUCCUAGGGAUAUUCUACAAGGAAUGGAUGUGGUGAUAAAAGAGAAUCCCGCUAGGCGCACAAUUUCCGUAGGACGGCACUUCUAUCCCACAAAUCCUCCUUUGGUAAUGAAGGAACUUCGCCCUGGAAUAAUCGCAGUCGGAGGGUUUCAGCAUAGUUUAAAACCUACAUCUCAGGGUCUGUCCUUAUGUGUUGACUACUCGGUGGUGCCUUUCCGAAAGCAAAUGUCAGUCUUGGAUUUCUUACAUGAGCGCAUCGAUAACUUUAACUUGGGUGAAUUUGAAAAAUUCAGGAAAUAUGUUGAGAAGGUGCUUAUUGGAUUGAAAGUUAGUGUGACGCACCGAAAAUCUAAACAGAAAUAUAUCAUUGCAGGAUUAACGCCUGCAGUUACAAGGUAUGUCACUUUUCCCAUUGACUGUACUACGGGCUGGAAACUCUCAAAGGAUGUUAGUCUUCUUAGCUUUUUUAAUGAAAAAUAUGACAAGGACAUUGUAUACAAAGAUAUUCCUUGUUUAGAUUUAGGGAAAGGCAACAAGAAGAACUAUGUACCCAUGGAAUUUUGUGUUAUAGCUGAGGGCCAAAGAUAUCCAAAGGAUCGUUUGGAUGGUGUUUCUGCAAAGACAUUGGAAGCAAUGUCACUAGCUCACCCAAGUGAAAGGCAGGGUGCUAUACAGAAGAUGGUGCGAUCGCGUGAUGGACCUUGUGGCGGUGAUCUUCUUAAGAAUUUUGGAAUGAGAGUCAACACUACCAUGACAACCAUUCUAGGACGUGUAAUUGGCCCCCCGGAAUUGAAGUUGGGUGAUCCAAAUGGCAAGAUUGCCAAGAUAACAGUGGAUCUAGAUAAAUGUCAUUGGAACCUUGCUGGAAGAUCAAUGGUGGAAGGUAAACCAGUUGAGUAUUGGGGUAUUAUUGAUUUCACCAGCAUUGGGCCGUAUAGUAAGAAAUUAAGACGAAAGGAAUUCGUUGAAAAACUUAUUGGUAAAUACAAAACGUUGGGUAUUAAUAUGCAGGAGCCCAUUUGGUAUGAAGAAUCUUCAAUGAAGAUACUUGCAAGUUACGACUUGCUAUCUGAAUUACUUGAAAAAAUCAACAUUUGUAAAAAUAACCAAGGUCGUCUACAAUUUCUUCUCUGUGUGAUGGCUAAUAAGAGUCCAGGUUACAAAUACCUCAAGUGGAUUUCUGAGACCAAAGUUGGUAUAGUGACACAAUGUUGUUUGUCUUAUAGUGCUAAUCAAGGGGAUGACAAAUUCUAUACUUAUUUGGCUCUCAAGAUCAAUGCCAAGCUUGGAGGCAGUAAUGUAGAGCUCAAUAAUAGGCUCCCUUAUUUCAAGGGUGACGAACAUGUUAUGUUUAUAGGGGCUGAUGUCAAUCACCCUGGUUCUCGGGACAACAGGAGUCCAUCAAUUGUUGCUGUGGUUGCAACCGUUAAUUGGCCCGCUGCAAAUCGUUACGCAGCACGUGUUUGCCCACAAUUCAAUCGAAGUGAAAAAAUAUUAAAAUUUGGGGAGGUUUGCGUUGAGCUUGUUGGUUGUUAUGAGAGGAUGAAUGGAGUCAGGCCACAAAGAAUUGUUGUUUUUCGUGAUGGGGUGAGCGAGUAUCAGUUUGACAUGGUUCUUAAUGAAGAGCUACUAGAUUUGAAGAGAGUGUUCCAAAGAUUAAAUUACUUCCCAACAAUUACUCUUAUUGUAGCACAAAAAAGACAUCAAACUCGAUUUUUUCCAAAUGGUUGGAAGGAUGGAUCUUCCAGUGGAAAUAUUUUACCAGGAACAGUUAUUGACACAAAAGUUAUACACCCCUUUGAAUUUGACUUUUACCUUUGUAGUUACUAUGGAAGUCUAGGUACAAGCAAGCCCACUCACUACCAUGUUUUAUGGGAUGAGCACAAGUUUACAUCUGAUGAAUUGCAGAAACUUAUAUAUGAGAUGUGCUUCACCUUUGCAAGGUGCACUAAACCUGUGUCUUUAGUCCCUCCUGUGUAUUAUGCUGACCUUGCUGCUUAUAGAGGGAGAUUAUACCACGAAGCAAGGACUGGGAUGCAAUCUAAGAAGUCAAGAGCAUAUUCAUCUUCUAAAGAUUCAUCACCGGUUCCAUCAACAGCUUCGUUUGAACAGGGAUUUUACAGGUUGCAUGCUGACCUGGAAAACAUAAUGUUCUUCAUCUAACGGAUCUAUCAUCCACUCUUACGGAAGCUGGGAAAAUCUUAUGACCUCUCCUAUCUACAUAUAUACUGUGUCUUCUGCUUUUCUGCUUUUUUCUACUCAAAACAGUGAAGUAGUUUGUGUGUGAAUAUAAUGGCUUAUGAGUUUUGAAACAAUCUUCUGUUUCCUAUCAUACCUUUCCAUUUUAGAGGAACUUUAUUCCCAGGAAAAUUGGGGCUCCAAUCAAUUGGUAACUCUGGAGCUCAAAGCUAGAUCUUCAAAUAAGCUCAUAUUUUAGGUGCUCCUUUUCUCUUCCCGUCAGGGACGGACUGACAUUGUCCCCAACAUGGGACAGGGCCCCUCCAGCUUUUCUAAUUUUUUUUCAUUACAUACUAUAUAAUAUAGUUAUUAUGACAAGUAAUGAAAGCUAUAUAAGUGUUGAGAUCAUUUUGAGAGAAGCUAGAGCAAGGUGAAAUGACAUAUAUAAGUCUGUUUGGUUGAUGGGAAUGGAGAGUUUGGCAAAUUUUUAAGUUUCUUUUUAUGAAUAAUAAAUAACCUUUUUAGUAGCAUAAAAAAUAAUAGAAGUGGUUAUGAUUUAUGAAUAAAAAAACUAAUUGAUAUGAAGAGUUUAUCAUAUUUUUUGACUAAUCGCUAAAAAGAUUAGUGUAGAUUCAAUUAUAGAUGAUUUUUUUGUGAUAUACAUGAGAAACGGUAUGUGUUUUGAAAGAAUAUUAAUGUAGUUAGCUGAUAUAAAUAUAAUAUUUUCUUUCGAUAUAUAUAUUUGUUGGAUAAAUCUUUUAAAUAUAGUUGGCCACCCCAGCAAUCUAAUCUUGGUUGCGCCCCUGCUUCGCGCACCUCCUAUAUCUUGAGGUAUGUCCUGCCUUAUUAGCAUCAUGUUUCAUUCCUAACAUGUUUGAAGAACAUUACUUCCUAGUAUCAUGCUACUGAAAAUUGGGAAUCUGUUUUUUCUUUCUUGAUAUGAUACUGUUAUAUGCUUGGAGGAACUCAAUUUCCCUAGCUGUCUCCUAUAUUCAGUUGUUUGUUCAGUUUCUAAUUUCUAUGUGUUGUCUUAGUUUAUUCUGAUUUGGCAAUCAUGCUACUCUUUUAGAUUUAUUAUUUUUUUACAUGAACACUUUUCUUGACUUGUAUGCCACAGUUAUAGUAUGUAUUCCAUACCUUGGAUUGAUUUGUUUGAUUCCUCAACAUCAGCAUUUUUCAGGUUUUCUGGAAUUUCAAGAAUCACUUGACAGGAUGUACCUUAUACGAAAAAUGCAAUACUUUUUUUAACCCAUAGAGAGUUUUUUUCUCGUUACAACGGCUACAGCAUAUUGAAUUUCAAAUCCUCUUGCAUAUUGCAUAAUUAUCUCAUGAUUGAUUAUCUAAUUGUGUUUCAAUUGGUUGUGUUUUUAAGAUGAGGCUCAAUGCAGUACAGUCUGUGAGGAUGAAUGCAGUACUUCUAUAAUGCAUCUAGUGGCAAGUCUGUUCUUUUUCAAUUGGUUUUACUUGUCGUUGCUUCUUGUUAGCUGUUGUGUCUGCAACGCCUACUGGCUACUGCUCUUUGUUUGGAAGAAUUAGGUUUUAGUUUAUACAAUUAACUCUUAUUAGUACUAGACCACUAGUUGUGAAGGUGUGAAAUGCAUUUUAAGAUAUUAUAACUGAUUUGGUAGCUACUGUAACAAAAGUCUGUAUUUACUAUUUAGUCUCUAUAAUCCUCAACCAACACCUUUUGAUCUUAAACUAAUGCAAGACCAAUGUGGUGUCACGUGUAUCAUUCAAACUCGGCAACAGGAUAAGAACCCCACAAUCCACGCAGAUAAACCUCUUACAAACAGGACAUCGAUACAAGAAUUGUCUGACUUACCAGAUGAACUGUCAUUUGCCGAUAAACACGCAGGAAUCGAGGACAACCGAGACUCAACGUUAUUUGCUUCUGAAAGGGCUUUCUCCAGAGAUUCAAAGGAGGUAAGCGGAAGCAAAUAGUUGCACUCAGGUGCAGAGAUACAAUAUCUGCAUCCUGGUUGACGACAUCAUAUAGGGACUUGACAACAUUGUACUUUACUGUCAGCAUAGGACCUCAAGCAAUAUGAAUAGAACAUGUGUGAACAUUUUAAGGUAAUCAUCAUUGACAAUGGCUUGUUGUCUCAACAAAUAGAACAUUUCUUGAGUAACCUUUCACCAUUUAGUGGAAAAGUGACAAGUCCCAUAGCUACUUUAGCCAACUGCAGUGGCUGCUGAUCAAUGCUUGGUAAAAGCUUCAGAUCAAAAGUUUCAAACUAAUAGCUGUAAAUUCAUAUCCAACUUUAAAAAUAAUAGCCAUAAAUUCAAGAUCAAGGUGGUGUCACGUACAUCUAACCUCCUUUU